AAGAGACGAGUGAGAAAAUUGGUUGGAGAGUUUUCAAUGCGCAUUCAUUUUCGCGCAUGGCCAAAAGCCUAAGACUGACCGGUUCGUUUCUUGCCAUUCAACUGAGCUAAUUCCUGUACGAGUUAACAUCAGUCUUCGUCUCUCUUUAACUCAGUGCAUAACUGUAGCACUAUAAUAGUGUAAACUAGGGUGUAUUAUCUCCAUGGAAGCAAUGAGUGGGAUUGAAGAGAGCUUGGUUGAGCUGAGACAGACGUUUAAGAGCGGGAAAACCAGAGAUCUUUCAUGGCGGAAAGCUCAACUUAGAGCCAUAAUCGAGUUAAUACACGACAACGAAGAGAAGAUAUUUGGAGUGCUGCGGCAAGAUCUAGGAAAGCACUCCACUGAAGCUUACAGAGAUGAGGUUGGAGUGGUGGAGAGAUCAGCGAAUAAUGCUUUGAACUGUGUGGAGAAAUGGAUGGCGCCAAAAAAAAAUAAUCUACCAUUAUUGUUCUUCCCUGCAAAAGGAGGAGUUAUCCCUGAACCUUUUGGAACAGUUCUGAUAAUAUCAAGCUGGAAUUUCCCCUUCUCUCUUUCCAUGGAUCCAUUGAUAGGAGCAAUCUCUGCUGGAAACACUGUGGUCUUGAAACCUUCAGAGCUAGCCCCAGCGUGUUCUUCUUUCCUUGCCCACAUCAUCCCUCUUUAUUUGGAUCCCAAAGCCAUCAAGGUCCUUGAAGGUGGAAGUGAAGUUGCUGAACAACUAUUGCAGCAGAAAUGGGACAAGAUAUUCUUCACCGGGAGUGCUAGAGUGGGGCGGAUUGUUAUGACUGCAGCUGCCAAGCAUUUAACGCCUGUUACGUUAGAGCAUGGUGGAAAAUGCCCAGCUAUCCUUGAUAAACUCUCUGCUCCUUGGGAGAAGAAGGUGGCUGUGAAGAGAAUAGUAGGAGCCAAGUGGGGGCUAUGCAAUGGGCAAGCAUGCAUAGGAGUUGACUAUGUGGUUGUGGAACAUGAAAUUGCCCACUCUGUGAUUGAAUUGAUGAAGAAAAUGAUAAAGGAAAUCUUUGGUGAAAGUCCAAAAGAUUCGAAUUGCCUCUCCCGAAUCAUCAACAAAAGCCACUUUGAGAGGUUGCGCAACCUUAUCAAAGAUCCCCGCGUUGCAGCUUCCAUUGUUCAUGGUGGUUCAAUGGAUGAAGAAAAAUUGAUCAUUGAGCCAACAAUCCUGUUAGACCCUCCACUUGAUUCCAAGAUGAUGAAUGAAGAAAUCUUUGGUCCAUUUCUUCCUAUAAUCAGACUACAGAACAUUCAAGAAAGCAUUGAAUUCAUCAACUCCAAGUCGAAGCCCCUUGCAAUCUAUGCCUUCACCAAAGAUGAAGCAUUCAAGAAGCAGAUUUUAUCAGAAACAUCCUCAGGAAGCGUGGCAUUCAAUGAUGUUGUUGUCCAAUUUUUAUGUGAGGCACUUCCAUUUGGAGGUGUAGGGCAGAGUGGCAUGGGACGGUACCAUGGGAAGUACUCUUUUGAUACUUUCAGCCAUGAAAAGGCAGUUAUGCAUGGACGUUUCUUCCCUGAAAUUGAGCCAAGGUAUCCUCCAUGGAACAACUUCAAACUGGUAUUCAUCAGAUUGGCUUACAUGUCUCAGUACUUCAAAUUGUUGUUGCUUCUACUUGGGUUGAAGAAGUAGCCCAUUUUCAUUAGCUCGUGCAAUAAAGGUUCUUAUAAAUAAAUUGUUGUAAACGUUGGUGGUCAUGAUAAAAUUAUAAUAAAGUUUAUCGAACAUGACUAUGAUUAAUAAAAAAUUAUUAAAUGUUCUAAGAGUUAUAAUUA